UCUGUAAAGGAAACUGAAUCUACGAGAAUAUGAUAAUAUUGUUUAAAAUAUUAACUCUAUUUGUUUAAAGUAACGAUCUAGUGGAAGUAUGGUCAGUGUGUCCUCCACUUAGAUUAGUUUCAUCAUCCACCCUUUUUCAGUGUGGUCAGUGGCAACGAUGCAUGUAUGUUCAUCACUCUUCUAUAAUUUUCGUAUGCGUUUCUAAUAAAACUAUAGGUUAAAAAGAAGCGAUGGCGCAAAAGUUGGAUGCUCAAGGUGGCCGUGGAGGAGAGCUCUGGGACGAUGGUGGUGUUUAUAAGAACGUCAAGAAAGUGUAUGUCGGUCAAGGUGACUCUGGUGUGGUAUACGUCAAAUUUGAUUACGAGAAAGACGGAAAGAUCGUAUCACUUGAACAUGGGAAGAAGACACUUCUUGGAACAGAGGAGUUUGAGCUUGAUCCAGAAGAUUACAUCACAUCUGUGAAAGUCUACUACGAGAAACUAUUUGGAACGAGUGUAGAGAUCAUCACGGCUCUUAUCUUCACAACAUUUAAGGGAAAAGUUUCUCAGCCAUUUGGAAUGGCCUCUGGAAAAGAAGCUGUGCUAGGAGGUGGCAAGAUUGUUGGAUUCCAUGGAACUGCUAGUGAUGCUAUUCAUUCCCUCGGAGCCUAUGUUAUUCCAGGUGGUCCAACCAAACUGGAUGCUCAAGGUGGUAGUGGAGGAGAGGUAUGGGAUGAUGGUGGUGUGUACGAGAAUGUCAAGAAAGUGUAUGUUGGACAAGGUGACUCUGGUGUGGUUUAUGUCAAGUUUGAUUACGAGAAAGCUGGGAAGAUUAUAUCACUUGAACAUGGAAAGAAAACGUUACUUGGAACUGAGGAGUUUGAGCUAGAUUCAGAUGAUUACAUUUCAUCUGUGAAAGUUUACUACGAGAAACUCUUUGGAACAGAAACAGAGAUCAUCACGGCUCUUAUCUUCACAACAUUCAAGGGAAAAGUUUCUCAGCCAUUUGGAAUGGCCUCUGGAAAAGAAGCUGUGCUAGGAGUUGGCAAAAUUGUUGGCUUCCAUGGAAGUGCAAGCCAUGUGAUCCACUCUCUUGGUGCUUAUAUUGUUCCUACGCUAACACCAGUGAUUCCCUCCGAUACUAUUCCAGCACAAGGUGGAGAUGCUGGAGUUGCAUGGGAGGAUGGUGUUCACGACAGUGUGAAGAAGAUAUAUGUAGGACAGGGUGACUCUUGUGUGACUUAUUUCAAGGCUGAGUAUGUAAAGGAUUCAAAGCCUGUCCUUGGAAGUGAUCAUGGGAAGAAGUCAUUGCUUGGAGCAGAAGAGGUUGUUUUCUUGAUUUAUUUCAUUUAA